GCUGCCGCCACCGCCUCCCUCAAAGAAGUCCAAAGGCCCGGCGUCCCGAUCCGAACUCGGAUCCCGUUCUCAUGGCGUGGCUUCGAACCCUUGCUCGCUCCUCCCGCUCUCUGCUCUCCUCGAAGCCCUCCCCCUGGAGCGUCUCCGGCUUCCACUCCACCGCGACGGCUGCGGGCGGUGGCGGCUUCUUCUCGGGGCUGGGGUCGACGGAAGCCGGGAAGGACAAACCCAGGUUGGUGGUGCUGGGGACGGGGUGGGCGGGAUGCCGGCUGAUGAAGGGCAUCGACACCAAGCUUUACGACGUGGUGUGCAUUUCCCCAAGGAACCACAUGGUGUUCACCCCUCUCCUUGCCUCCACCUGCGUCGGAACCCUCGAGUUCCGCUCCGUCGCCGAGCCCGUCGGCCGGAUCCAGCCCUCCAUCUCCAGCGCCCCCGGUUCCUACUUCUUCCUUGCCCGAUGCGCCUCCAUCGAUCCCGAUUCCCACACGGUGCAUUGUGAGACCGUUACUGAUGGGAGUGUCAAAGACACUCUGGAGCCGUGGAAAUUUAAGGUUUCAUAUGACAAGUUGGUCAUUGCAUCUGGAGCAGAGGCCUCAACCUUUGGUAUACGAGGUGUAAGAGAGCAUGCUAUCUUUCUCCGAGAGGUUCACCACGCCCAAGAGAUCCGUAGGAAGCUCCUUCUCAAUCUGAUGCUGUCUGAUGUUCCUGGCAUAUCAGAGGAAGAAAAAAGGAGACUGUUGCACUGUGUUGUUAUCGGAGGUGGUCCCACCGGUGUUGAGUUCAGUGGUGAACUUAGUGAUUUCAUCAUUAGAGAUGUCCAUGAACGUUACUCCCACGUUAAAGACUAUAUCCAUGUGACCCUAAUUGAGGCAAAUGAAAUAUUAUCAUCGUUCGAUGUUCGACUCAGAACAUAUGCUACAAAACAACUCACUAAGUCAGGAGUUCGCCUUGUGCGUGGCAUUGUUAAAGAUGUUCAACCUGAGAAGAUAAUUCUUAAUGAUGGCACAGAGGUUCCAUAUGGACUUCUUGUAUGGUCUACUGGUGUUGGUCCUUCACCAUUCAUCAGCUCUUUGCAGUUUCCAAAAUCACCAGGUGGAAGGAUUGGUGUUGAUGAGUGGCUUCGCAUCCCUUCCGUGCAGGAUGUUUUUGCAAUAGGAGAUUGCAGUGGAUUCCUCGAAAGCACAGGCAGACCAGUACUGCCAGCAUUGGCCCAGGUAGCAGAGAGACAAGGGAAAUAUCUGGCUGGCCUAUUGAACCAAGUCUGUAGAGCAGGUGGAGGGCAUGCAAAUCGUGCUGCAAAUUUGGAACUUGGAGCUCCUUUUGUAUAUAGGCAUCUGGGAAGCAUGGCUACAGUUGGCAGAUACAAAGCUCUUGUAGAUCUUCGUCAGAGUAAGGAGGCAAAGGGGCUGUCUCUUGCGGGAUUCAUUAGCUGGUUCAUUUGGCGAUCGGCAUAUCUAACACGUGUUAUUAGUUGGAGGAAUAGAUUCUAUGUGGCAAUUAACUGGGCAACCACAUUUGUAUUUGGUCGUGACAUAAGCCGCAUUUAGAAUAAAUUAGAAAGGUUUUUAAAAGAAAAAAAGAAAGGUAAUGCAGAUAUGCAUAACGGCAAUUGCUUUUCUUUCCCCUUUUGUUUGACCUCAAAAGCAUUGAAAUGUAUCAGGAUGGUUUCUUGUUGCCAAUGUUUACCGAAUAAAGUGGCUUUUGCCAAUUUUGUCAGCGUUAACUUCUAUGAUGUAUGUGCAGACGCAAAAGGGUUUAUUGAAAUUGAAAUACGAAUUUCAAUAAACCCUUGAUUUUUGAUAGUUUGUAAUGAAUGAUCCUGCAAUACUUCUUGCACC